AAUAUCUACAAACUCCCUAAUGUAACACCCUUAUAAACAAAUUUGGGAAGUGUUAUGCCCCAAAUUUUUCUCUUUCCAAAUCUCAAUUUCCCUCCUUCACAAUAUUCCCAAACCAAAUUCCGAUUGAAAAGUCACCGCCCUUCCCGGCAUUCCCCGCCCCAGCACUGGCCACCGUCGUGUGACGGAGAAAUGAGAAUUCUUCAACUCCGAUGGAAGAAUCCGGCGAAGAUAUCAUCAAAAACUCCACUUUCAUUCGGCCCUUUCAAUUCCACAACCCAAACCCGGUGGAAGAAACCAGCAAACACAGCCCAAACCAGACUGGAAAACCGGACCCGAGACCCGCAUCUCGAUAAACUCACAGCCCAAUACCGGAGACUUAAACUCAUCCUCAACCUCUACGACGUCGUAUCUGCUAAAAAACGCGGUCGUUUUGUCUCAGUUCAGUCACUUUCCAAGUGGGCGCCACAUGCCGGCAUUAACACCAUCACCGCCGGUGAUCUUCUCCGGAAAUACCCCCAUAUUUUUGAGGUAUUUACACACCCAGUUAAGCGUAAUUUAUGCUGCAAGUUUAGGGAGAAAUUUGUCAUUUUGCUUAAGCAAGAAGAAGAUUUCAUAUCACAAAAUGAACAUGAAAAUGUGACGAGAAUAGAGAAGAUUUUAAUGAUGUCUGUUAACGGUACUAUACAUUUGCAUGCACUUAGACUAAUGAGGACUGAAUUGAGUUUGCCUGAAAACUUCAGGGACUCAAUUGUAAUAAAGUAUGAUGAAGUUUUUAGGAUGGUGGAUUUGGAAACUGUUGAAUUAAUUGAUAGAAAUGGAGCAGAUGAGAGUUUUGGGGUGGCAAAGGUUGAAUCUUGGAGGCAAAAGGAGUAUACUGAGAAAUGGUUGAGUGAAUUUGAGGUCAAAUAUGCAUUUCCUAUUCAUUUCCCGACUGGGCUUAAGAUAGAACCAGGUUGCAGGGAGAAAUUGAAAAAUUGGCAAAGGCUUCCUUAUGUUAAGCCUUACGAAAGAGAACUUAGGUAUCACUUGAAUGGACAAACAACUGAACCCUUGGGACAAUCUUUAGGAUGUGAUGAGUUGAUAUCGAGGUCAAAGGGGGUUGGAAAGCGUAGUUUUAAAGGGGUUGAGCGGUAUGAGAAGCGAGCGGUGGCGAUUAUUCAUGAAAUUUUGAGCUUGACUGUUGAGAAGUUGGUGCCCGUCGAAAGGUUGGCACAUUUUAAGAAGGACCUUGGUAUCGAACUUAAUAUUCGUGAGCUGCUGUUGAAGCAUCCUGGGAUAUUUUAUAUAUCCACUAAAGGGAAUACUGAGAUUGUUUUUCUUAGGGAGGCAUAUAGUAAAGGGUGUUUGAUUGAGCCGAACCCAAUUUAUGAUUUGAGAAGAAAGAUGUUGGAGCUUCUCUUGUUGGGAAACCGUAAUACGAGAGAGUUGAGAACGGAAAGGGAACUGAAGGAUGAAAUUAGAGACAUGACAGAUGAUGAAAAUGGAUGGGAAAGCAGAGAGGGCGACUUUGUUAUUCCAAUUCUAGAGAGCUUCUCUGAUCAUGACAAUGAUGACAAUUUGAAGUAGAAUGGUUACUUAUAUGAGGCAGAGCUGAUUAUCUGAGAUGGAAAUCAGUCAAGAGAAUCUUGGUGUCAUAAGCUAGAAUUUUCUGCAAACUGACAAUUUAUGAACCAUUUGGUGUUGGUUUUAGCAAAUUGGUGUACAGUCGUAUCUGUGCUUCUCUACUGUAAUUGUUGUUCCGCUCUACAAAAGCCUCAUUAUGACUUGCCAGGAACCUUUGUUAUUUCAGUUGGUGAUUGUGCUGAAAAAUUAUGGAUUCUCCCUUCUCUUCAGUUAGGGAUAAUUGGAGACCCUUUUAAAUCGAGUAUCUCCAAAGGGGGUUGAAAAUGCAAGAGGAUUCAAGUGUAAAAAAGACUUAGAGGAGCCUACAAUUGCCGAAGAGGAGCAACAACGUCAGAAAUGACGAGGAAAUGUUCUGUGGGGGUUGUGCAGGCAGGAUGAAGAGAACUUUACAAAGUCAGGUAGAGAAAGUUUCUGCUGCAGCUCACUUUUGACUUUUUGGCAAGCAUACGUGUUUUGAUGAUCAAUUGAACAAAGGGCAAUACUUAUUCUGAUUUCAUGUAGAGGUACCUGCUAUUACUAUUGGUACUAUGUGCUUUACGGAGAAUGAAGACCAGCUAAAGAAGAACAGCUCAAUACUUUCUUUUAAAAUAGUUCCUAUGUUAUGGACAUUCAAGCACUUGUCCAUCAUUUGAGAUUCUGCUAAAGGCUUGAAUUUUUACUUUUUAAUUUUUUAACAAAAGGUGUUUGAUUUAUUGCCAUAAUAGCGAAAGGAAAAAUGACAUCAGGCACCCGUGCUACGCACGAGCACCCUCAUCUAGUUUAUCAAUAUAACCAGGACUACUCCAGUACUCAAAUGCACCUUUGUGCCCGUUGAUAUUUGAACCAGAAAUGAAAGGUUGAAGUUUUGGCCCUGCUAAGGCUCGUUGACAUAUGGUAUCUUCAGUACAGCAAGAGUGAUCCAUGGUGAGGAAUCCAUUGUGAGGAAUCCAUUGUGAGGAACUGAUCGGCGAUAUGUUGGAUGACUAUGUAAUGCUUUAAAAUAUCCGGGGUAGGGUUAAGGUUGCGUACUUUUUACCCUCUCCAGACUUCACUCCAGGGGAAUUAGUGGGUUUGUUGUUGUAAUUUUACUCAAGGGAAAGGGAGUGAUUUGAGAACAUAUAUGAUUUUCCACAAAAUCUGUCCUCUUUCCUUUCA